AUGUCAAGUCCUCAGAGUUCCGCCAGCCCUGCGACCGCAGAGGAGGAACCAAGAAAGAAAGGCGCCCGAGGAGGAAAGCGAUCAGUCACACAUCUCAGCAAAGCCCAGCUUGCCCGUAAACGUGCCAAUGAUCGAGAAGCCCAACGCAACAUCCGUCAACGGACGAAGGAACAUAUCGAGAACCUGGAGAAGAAAGUGAAGGAGCUGGAAGAGAAUAACAGAUCCGGUUCCAUGGAGCGCAUACUUCAAAGAAAUAAAGAGCUCGAGCUCGAGGUAGAAAAGCUCAGGGCGCAAAUAGCAGCACAAUCAGGACAUAUUCCGUCACCAAUUCCAACAGAGCUGUCAGAGGACUUGAUGAUACCAAGGAAAGGAAAUUUGGACUGGGUUCCGGAACAGAAUCAGCCCAGUGGUUGGCAGACUUCCUUUGUUCAACCUAUCGACGCACAUCCGCACGAAGUACCCGCUACGGGAAGCGCUUACACUUCAACCCCAACAAGAUCUUUUCACAACACACCCGCUCAAAUAUGCUAUGAACAGGUUAUCGAACCAGAGCCAUCGAAAGCCAUCACAACUCCCAUUGUCACGCCUGUCUGGGAGGAUCCAAUGGUAUUCGGGCAGACGUCGCAGGCUAUAGCACAACCAACUCCAGCUUGGGCGCCCUUUCACCCCGCGUUUGAUAAACCAUCCAGAUUUGCCGAUCUCCAAACGUCAGGAUUUACUGACCUCAUCAACCAACCGACCUUUACCAACACAACUUGCUGGCAGACGCAACCCUCUGUGUAUGCUUGGCAGUUCUCGACCAGGCUCAAGGCACCGGUCACUUUCGUCGAUCAAUUAAUGUUCAAUGUCAUUCACUCGCAACGCCACCUUGCGUUACAUUCCAAUCUAUCCGGUGAAGACCUUCUUGGACCAAAUCUUCCUUCGGUAAAUGUAUUGUUCAAUCAGAGUGCCCCGCCGGCUGCCAAGCCACCGUCGAACAUCGCCGAAGUCAUGAAUCGUUAUUCAGAGGUACUGUCGAGCCGUGGCUUUGCUCUUAUUCCCGAGAAGCUUGCAUCAUUCAUGUGUAUGUAUCGUUUCGUUCAAUGGCAAAUCUCGCCUAAUUUCCAAACAUUCUCAAAACUUCAUGAGUGGCAAGCACCAACUCAGGCCCAACUGGAUAUCCCUCAUCCCGCAUGGAUGGAUUUGCCACCUUGGGGCCUAUUCCGUGCAAAGGUCAUCGAGCAUCAGGAUCGGUACGAUAACCCGGAGUUCCAGAAUGACUACGCAAGCAACCUUUCGGUCAACUUUCCUCACGAACCUAGAAUGGCACUCAUUUAUGAAAACGGACAACUCAUGGUCAGUCCUUUGAUGGACCGACACCUAAGUGAUAUCAACAAUAUGAGCAUGAAGAAGCCUUUCGCGGACAAGUAUCCUGAAUUUAGGGAUGUUUGUCGUUUUGAGGAGAUUUGA